CACAAAUACCACUGCCGCCGCGCCACGGGCACGUCACGAAAACAGACACAAAUGGCUGUGCGCCCGUGUGGAGCGUUCAUUUGGUACUUCAGGUAGCCUUGACGAGGCCGUACGGCGACUUGUCAUGUUCUCAAGGAUUAUUUGGAGCCUCAAGAGCUAUUAAUCUAAGCCAUAAAAGAACCUUCAAAAUCCCCCGGAAGACUCUGUGGUUUGUUUUCGAGUAUGGUCGUGUUCGGAGCGAGCAGAGAAUUAAUGAUGACAUUUUUCGUGCUACAGGUUUCGUUGAGGUUGGUGCAUCAGGGAGUAAGGGCUUGUGAUCGCGACUCCAACUGCAAACCGCACCAAGUUUGCUGCGACAAUCGAUGCCGCUCUUGGCCUAAAUGCUUUUUAAAAAGCGAGAAAGAGUGCUAUUAUGAUACUCAUUGCAUCAAGGGAGCAGUGUGCGUAAAACACGAGUGUAAACCGAUAGAAUCAAGAACGAGCUCAUGUCAAACGGACGCGGACUGCCGCGAUUACGCUAAGCACGCAGACUCACCAAAUAACCUUCACGGGAGAAAAUGUUGCGGACACAAAUGUAUAAAGGCGAAGGAUUGCCACUUAUUUAACCUGAGUACGACUGCUAGGCCGAUUACAAGGUCUAAUACCACCAGACAAGAGCACAACAGCGGGGUCGAUUGCAGGAACAGCUCUUGUACCCCUAUCGAAGUGACAGAGACGAGUACUUUAGAAAAGUCUGCGAAUACUCUAUCAAGGGCCGGUUUUUUAUCGGCAGCCAUUUUAACUGCAGCUGUUUUUCUCAUUGUUAUGUGUUGUUGUUUCCUCCGGGAGUCGAAAUACAUUAGCUUACGAGGAUAUAGAACGCGACAAAGUGCCAGCCCGUACAAUAGUCCGUGCACAAAUGAGACAGCACAGAUUGAGCGCACAAGCGCAGAACAACACACUCAGACAGAUACGGACCCGAGCGUGUUCCGUGUCGCGGCUUCAUGGGCUUUAUUCCCGGGGCUUUACGGAUUCAGCAGCACGGGAACAGGCACUGAUUUACCGAGACCUCUUGCAUGUAAUCUUUUUCGCGGACCGCCAUCGUAUCACAGUGUUUGCUUGGAUCACGAACUGCCGCCAAGUUACGACGAGGCGGUUAACUUGUGCCCGAAUCAUAAUCCCGUCAGAACAGAUCGCACGGCGAACGCAAGCGAGCGGCGCUCUUAGACUGAGAUCGAAUUGAUAACUUCAAUCUAAGUAUUUUUUAUACGAAUCAACGGAGUAUAUUGACUCUUUUAUAGACGACUUAAGUUAUAUUGAAAAUAUAAAUGUCUUUUUCGAUAAAUGGAUUAGUAGAUCUGCGCUCGAGUGCCCGCAAAUCAGGCGAUGUACAAUUUUCGCGGAGUAAGAGAUUCGUAUAUGUGCCGUAGAACGUCUCAAAGCAGAUAACGUAAUUGUAUUGUCGUAUGUGAUUCCUUUCCAAGAAAGUUGCCAAAAAUCUGGAGUCUUUACCCCAAAUAAACUGCCCUACAAAAGAACAUUUAACGAGCGUUUUCGCUGGCUAAUCUGCUUAAAGACUUUCGGCACCUUUAUCACAAUCUAGGAUUAGUCUGAAGCAAGACAGAAUAAAUCGAAGUCAUCUCGAAUACUCGAGUAAAGCGUUGACUGAGCUGAAAUUUUUCUUUGGCGUUUCAAAAGGAAACAAUAAAAAAAUUUACCACGUCAGUAGGAAAUCUUUCUAGCCUGCGGAAAGAGAAGGAAAAAAAUAUGGUCUAUAUGUUAAUUGCGCACGGUUUCUAUUCUCUGCGAAUUUAUAAUGUCAAGAGUGUGUUUGUGUACUCAAAUACAAAGCGUACAUGCAAGUUUAUUGUGUGUGAACACACGUGUAAUUCAGCUUAAAGUUACAGGUCCCUAGGAGGAAGAAUAUGGAAGUUAUGAUCAUGAACCUCGUCAACCGACGCGAAAACCAUAACAAAAGCCUGGUUUAGGCAUUAUUGGCCCUUUUCACAGCUAGAAGCUAAAUAGCUAGGGGCUAUUCCAGUUAUUAUUAUAACGCUGAGGCGACGCGAAAGGCAUGCUUGUGUUGACAUGAAUGUGGUGUUUUUCCACUGAACAAACAGACUCUUACAGAGCUAAGAAUGGCUUAGCACGAAAACCUAAACCGACCUCACACUGUGAAGUUCACAGUCAAUAGAUUAACUAAAUUGCCAGUAACAGCUAGACAAUAUAACAAACGAACCAAGAGCAUCCAUGCUCGGUCGGUUAAGGGGUUCUUUUGGCUUUUUGUUCUCAAUAAUGAAAACAGCCUUGGGGAAAACAGCUGAAACCCAAAACCGCCGCAUUUGGCCCAAUCUACGCACGAAACCAUUCAUGUUUGCAAUAAAAACAAAACUUGAAAGA